AUGCCUUCUAAACGCAGGAACAACGGAAGAGCUAAGAAGAACUGCGGCGCCGCCCGGAAUGUCCGUUGCGUCAACUGCGGUCGCUGCGUCCCCAAGGACAAGGCCAUCAAGCGCUACAAUGUCAGAAACAUCGUAGACGCCUCUUCUAGGAAGGAUAUCAAGGAGAACUGCAUAUACGAAAACUACAACUUGCCCAAGUUGUACAUUCAGCAGAUCUACUGUGUGUCGUGUGGUAUCCAUUCCAGAAUUGUCCGAUCUCGCUCUCGCACCGACAGAAAAAUCAGGUACAGUCCGUCAAAGGCCCGCGUCGUGGGAGCUCAGAACUUUUUCUAA